CACGGACCGCUGAAGGACUUUAUCUCGCAGAAUGUCCUCGGGACGGAGGCGAUCAUGAAGCUGGGCGAGGAGAUGAAGCACCUUAAGUCAAUCGUCUACGUCUCGACCGCCUACGCCAACUGCAACCUGCUGGACAUCGAGGAGAAGGUCUAUCCGCUGUCGAAGCCGGCGCAAACGUUGAUCGACGAGAUUCUCGCCCGCGACAGCGACCGGACGCCCGCCGUGGGCGACCCCGAGCUGAUGGGCCGCCCCAACUCCUACACCAUGAGCAAGGCCAUUGCCGAGAACUUGGUGCGGGAGAAGUACGCCGCCCACCUCCCGGUGGUCAUCUGUCGGCCCUCCAUUGUGACGCACAGCUUUAAAGAGCCCACCGAGGGCUGGUGCGACAGCAUGAACGGCCUCGCCGGCACACUUCUUCUCGGUGGACUGGGCAUUGCUCGCACCAUGGAGA